CGAAGCUCGACAUGCACUUUAUACGCGCCGAUACUUCUACAUGCAUUUGGAAUUUAAUAGCAUUGAUUGUUUAGAAUGCCAACACAGCACAGUGCUGUGCCCUUACAAAAAUAAACCCUGGCGGUUUGGGAAGUUUGUGACGCAAUUCUGCGAACCGACAAAUACUUAAAAACCAUUGUGAACACAAGUGGAUAAUACUUAUAGAUUUUUCGUUGCAUAUGAAACAGUUCUACGCAUUGACUUAAACCGGAUAGGAGUGGAAGUAGAUAUUUUAGAAGACGUUGGACAAAACCGUCGAGAUGGCGGCCAAUUCCGUUUACAAGCCUAUAACAAUUCCUUUCGAAGAUGACGAGGAGCCUCCGGAGUUGUGGGGAAACAGCAAAGCCCAGGUGAUCGAGAUGAAGCCGACCUUUACCCGAACGGCGCGGUUCUGUACCCAGAGACGAGUCCUUUUCCUUGUCGUGAUCGCCCUUGCCCUAACCGCCCUUAUUGCAACACCAAUCCUGGUGUGCAGCACGACUGGCUGUGGCAAGUCCGACCGCAGGGAACUUAUCAUCGAAGUCGAAGAAGAAAAGCCUUUCAACGAUGUCGUCCAGAAGACAACCGAUAUACGUGGGGAGCAGCAGCCGCGGUACGAGUCAUUGAAGGAUAAUGAGGGUCAGUCACACAGGAAUGACAUCUUCCCCGAUCCCAAUGUCCCCGUCAAGCCAUCCGUUGAUAGGGACUCUGAGGCCUGGCGCAAGGUUAUGGACUUCAUCAAAGACAAUGAGAAGAACGUUGAGAAAACGAUUAAAGCUGAUAUAAAGGAAACUGAGGCGGUUCUGAGCGAAAGGGAAGGAGAGACUGGGGAAAUCGACAUCGAUGCUACUGAUGAUAAGCUGAAGUCCUACAUCGGGAAGGCUGACAUCAAUGUCAAGACUACUUUCGUGGACAUCGAUGAUUCUGACCUCGUUGGAUCUGGUGACGGAGACGAGUCUGGCGUAAUGAUCAAUCGUGACCCUGCUUUGGAGAACGCUCUAAGCCUUGACCUUAAGAAGGACGAGACGCAGUGGAAGACGCCAGAGCAAUACGAGGAGCCGCCCAAACGUUACUGGGACGACGAAACGCAGAGAUGGUUGGCCCUCGAGGGAAAGGAUUGGAACAAAGAUGUCUACACAAAGAACGAGUACAACAUGAAGACGAAAACGGAGAAAUAUCCUGUGGAGUACUCUGAUGAAUAUUCUGACGAGUACUCUGAUGAAUAUUCCUAUGAAGUCUCCGAAUCUGACGAGUACUCUGAUGAAUAUUCCGAUGAAUACUCUGACGAAUAUUCCGAUGAAUAUUCUGACGAAUACUCUGAUGAGUACUCUGAAGAGUAUUCUGAUGAAUAUUCCGACGAGUACUCUGAUGAGUACUCUGACGAAUACUCCGAUGAGUACUCUGACGAAUAUUCUGAUGAAUACUCUGACGAAUAUUCCGAUGAAUACUCUGACGAAUACUCCGAUGAGUAUUCUGACGAAUACUCCGAUGAGUACUCUGACGAAUACUCCGAUGAGUACUCUGAUGAAUACUCCGAUGAGUACUCUGAUGAAUACUCCGACGAAGAUUCCGACGAAUACUCUGAUGAGUUUUUCGAUAAAAAGCAAGCAAUGAAGGCGAAGUCGUAUCUGACCCGGGUUGAGGAUGAUGAAAUUCUGAGAAAGGAGGAACUUGCUCAGUACAGGAAGGAGCAAGCCUGGAAGGAAUACUACCAGAAAAGGAAACAAAUGCAGGAUUCUAACGAGGACGGUUACAAAGAUUCCCGCUCUGAGGAGUACUCUGAUGAAUCUGAUUACUAUAAGUCUAAGAAGGAGAACAAGAAGCAGAAAUCCGAGAGCGAGCAAGAAAUGGACGAAAUCGUUGAUGACCUCAAAACAGGAGCUAAUCUAGAAGGACUCCAGGUUAAGUUUGUUGACAAUAAAAAGUCUAAGCGUAAAAUCAAGAAGACGAAGAAACCAUUGGAUGAUUCCUAUUACUAUGACGAUGAUUACUAAUCACUAUGGAUUAAGUUUGAUUCUAGUCUGAACUUUUGAUACAUGUAACUUCAGAUUCAAGGAACAAGUGUAACUCUGAAUGAUUCUUUAUAUCGGAUAGAAAUCCAAUGGGGUACUCCACACAACUCAAAAUAAUAAAUGAUCAGAAUGGAUUACUACUAGUCUUGUUUGAAGUAAACACGGUUCAAGAAAGUUACAAGGAAGUCUUCACAAAAACCCCGAAACGUCAGCGCCAACCCCUAUCCCAUUAUUCAACAUCGUGAUAAGAAUUUAGUGUCAAAAAUGGUAUAGGCGUUCUCGUUGACAUUUCGAGAGCUUAGUGGAUACUCCCUAAUUUCUACUAAUUUAUCUCGCAACCAAGGGUUUCUUAUCAAUGCUAGUUUCAAUUGAGUCCUGGGCACGAGCCUGUACAUAUUGUAUAUACACACACUUUUACUGUAAUCAUUCCAUUUUAUUCGAUUUGAUAAUGUUUCGCAUCAAUGAUUUGAGGAGCUGCUUGAGAAUCCAUGGUAUGAAUUCUGGUGAAAAUCACUCGAUUAUUUUUGUAAUUCAAAUCCCAUUGAAAAAGGUUUCGAGUUGAAUUUGCGAAAUAGUCACGUCCUCUGAAAUUGAUCAAAGGAAAUUUUCCUGAUACAACUUCCUUAGUUUAUCAUGCGCUAAGUCCUUGUGGAAUUUCAUAGGCAGAUUCUUGCGAGAGAAUAAGAUAAGGAUAGUUUUUCGCAAAGCGCAAAUACAGGAUUGGUAGAAACUGCAUGCAUGAUUUUCGCCCACUUGACACAUGAGUCACCCGGUAGUUCCUGAUAAUUCUUGGUACAUACGUCAUGAUCAUCAAGAAGUGGUAGGCUGUGUUUCAUUUCCUUUAACAUUCGCUCCACUGCAUGAGCAUCAAACAAAGGCAUCUUUCUAUACAACUUACUGUGUCAACACCACCGCCGUUAAGUUAUCAUCAUAUCAAUAGUUCUAUUGAAUCUUCUUGUCAUAUGACUUUUAUCAAUGAUUAGUAUAUUGGACAAUAAUGUGUUGAGUGGGAUCGCGUUCCACCACCAGGUUUAAACGGAAAGACCAAGCCGGAACAUGACAUCAUGUACCAUCGAACAACUUGGUGUCACCGACACAUUGGUUGUAUUAUUCGAUUUUAUACUGGGUUUUCUCUCAAACAACUGAUUUAUACAUGUACUAUACAUUUGCUUGAGGAAUUCAACAUUAUAUCACUUUGUGACUUGCGUGAAAGGUUGUUCAACUUCAUAUCUCUGUUGAAAGAGGAAAGAGGCUUUCACAAGAAUUUGCAUUGUACUAUUUAUAGACAAUAUUAAUA